GUGCAUACGGGGCUGUCCAUCAGGCCCAGAUGCAAAAACUAACACCGGCAUGAGUCAGUCGAACAAUCGUCUCUCGUCAUGUCUUCUUCAAAAGUUCAGCACGGCUGACUAGGCGACAACCCGUCUCCAACGACUCUGCACCAGCUAUCACCGUCCGCCUUACACCUGCGAGCCGCGAGACACCACCGGAGACCACACGCUUCCCUGCCGUCUGCCGCACCCGCACGCCGGAAAAACUCUGAUUUCUGUCUUUCCGACUCACUACUUUCUAGGUCUGGAAUGAAGGGUUUGGAUAUGAUGCCAAAUGUAUCAUGUCUUGCUUCUGGAGUUGCUUAUAUGCCUCAUAUGUCCAGCAACAUGCAGUCUUAUAAUUCAUCAUUCUCGUGUGUUCUACGCCCACCUUUCAGAGUUGCAAUAUCUUCCAUCAGAAGCGGUUCAUUCAGACCUUGUCAAAGUAUUUUGUCCUCUCACUACAGAGGAGUUUCUUCAUUAUCACCACUACCUUCGCAAUGGAAAAUGUGCGCACCCUCAUGUGCAAAGCUGAAAUUACCAAGGGAAUCCUGUUAUCCUCUCUCACCUACAAAAGCUUUCAAGGACAUAACCUAUGAUGCACCUUCACCUGCUUCCAACAGCCAUACCCUCUUUUCAUGUGAUACUCUAAAUUCACCAAGGAAAGAACACUUCUCUCUCACCGCAAGAGCAUUUAAGGGUUUUUAUCAUGACAUGGCGGAGAAACCGAAAUGGUGGUGGAGAACCUUAGCGUGUCUUCCUUAUUUAAUGCCUCUCCAUCUAACAUGGUAUUUUGCUGGUGAAUCAUUCCAUCUUCGACCCUUUGUGGAGAAAUCCGAUUAUCUAUCAAACCCUUACAAUAACUUUCUAAGAAGAUUGCCUAGCUGGCUUUUGAUGGCAUAUACCUUCACAGCUUGUUUUGCUGUAGUGAAGAGAAAGGAAUGGCCACAUUUUUUCAGAUUCCAUGUCAUAAUGGCAAUUCUGUUGGAGAAUUGGAUGCAUAUCAUCAUCAUUGUAUAUGGUUGGACGCCCCCUUUUGUGCAUUGGGGAAAUAAUAUUGGGACACAUAUUUGGGCGGCUGUUACUGUUGGGUUCCUCAUGAUGAUCUUUCAGUGCAUGAAGUGUACACUUGCUGGUAGAUAUGCUGAUAUUCCAUUGGUGUCUGAUGCUGCUAAUAUCCAUCUUAAAGAAAUGGUUUAGAGGUUGAAAAGAAAAAACUUGUGUACAAUUUCAGAAAUGAUAGUUUCCUCCAUUUCAAUAAUGUCUUAUUUCUUAUUUUUUGGAAGAAAGGUCAUAUAAUCCUCUUGUGCAUUCAUUUAGUGAGUGGAGUAUUCUAAUACUUAGGGAAAUGCAUUUUAUGCUUUUAGUUCUUCCAUUGAGGCGGCUUCGACUACCACCUGAAACAUGCGAUAAAAAUGUAAACUUGUUAUUAAGUGGAAGGAAAAGUAAAUAUGUGG